AAAAAAUCUUCCCUCAAUAGAAAUGGCGAUGGAGACUUGGAAAUGGACAUAAUCAAUACUCCGAAAAGAGCGAAGGCGAAUGACGGAUACGUCUCUUCCUGGUUUCCGAUCGGUCGCAUCGCAGAGUGGCUUGUCCGUACUAAGUCAUCGUUAGCCGACAGAUAUUAUCAACGCAAGUUGCCCAUUUCUGAUAGAUUGUCUUUCGUGAGUGUAAACGGAUCCAGUCAUAUGAACCCGGAGUGGUCAAGAUCAUCGUCAUCUUCACACCAUUGCUCCAGCAGCAUGUACAAGCCUUCUAUACCAAACAUGAGAAAUAUGGGAGCAUAUCGUGGAGAUGGCAGCGAAGAAAAUGUGCAACAUGGUGUUAAGUCAACGAUACCAGAAAGAAGCUAUGCAAAAGCAGUUAGAAAAAAAACUGGUACUCCUCAUGGAACGAAUGUAGCAAGCACCUCACCUAUAGUGAAUGAACAUGCAAGCACGAGUCACAGUAACAGUGGUCUCACUGGUAUGUUUAGAGCAGAGUAUAGACAACCGAACCUUAGAUCUACUAGUACUACAUUCCGUUCCAUUAAUGGUUUGUUCGGUCGGCAAAAGAGCAGUGCUAAAGAGAAACGUAGGACUCACACAACAGCUAGAAAGGUUGAACUUUUGGAAGAGAGGGAGAAGUAUCGCCAGUUGCUCCAGCAAGUCACGUCAGUCCAGCCGAAUAGUUCGCUUUUGUUCUCAAGAACUAAGGAUCAACUUGGUUUGUGGAGCUGGAACCGCAAAUCGCAACUAAAGCCCGAAGCACAGACGCCGCCCGAAGCGAGCACACCGCUCAAGCCUGCAUUCCACGUAGAAAAGCUGCCGCCCAGCGAAGCUUCUGGCACCAGGGAGCGAAUCCGCCAAUCAGCGAUACUGAAGAAAUCUAUGGCCGUAGACACGAGUGACCUGGGAUCGGAUUCGGCUCCAGUAUCCCGCAGCACGUCCCCCCUCGAAUCGGCGCAAAGAUCUCCAAGUGCAGAAGAUGGCAGAAACUCGGUGAAGGUAGUUCUAACGAAGCCAUCAUCGCUGGAACCGAUCUUAAGUUCACCAUACUUGGCCGAUGACCUGCUCGAAAGUUUGCGGAAGAAAUUUGCUAUUUCGGCAACAAUACGAGAUAAGGAAAUACAAGAAGUGUCAUUGACAGCCAAAGUUUUACAAGAAAAGAGAGAUGCAGUUCAGUUGUCUAUUGAGGAAAAGGUAAGGGAACGGAUAAAGCUAGGAGAGUACGAGCCAGCUGUCGUAGAAGACGAAUAUUUUGAAACGGAAGAAGAGGAAGAAGAAGAGGUGAUUGAAGAGGCACUCCCAGUGCUCAGCGACGAGGCGGAGUCGGCGAUCGACCGUGCGCUGCGGGUGCAUCCGACCGAGGAGGUGCUCGCCGAGGGAUUCCGGCUGUCGAUAACACGGCGAGACAUGCACACCCUCGCCGGCCUCAACUGGUUGAACGACGAGGUGAUCAACUUCUACUUAAGCCUACUGAUGGAGAGGGGCAAAGGCACAAACUACCCAUCUGUUUUCUGUCAGAACACAUUCUUCUUCCCCAAGCUAAAGUCUAGUGGAUAUAAGUCUGUGUCUCGUUGGACACGCAAAGUGGACAUUUUCAGUCACGAUCUGAUGGUUGUUCCAAUCCAUCUGGGUAUUCACUGGUGCUUAUCCGUUGUUGACUUCCGAGAAAAGUCGAUCAAGUACUAUGACUCCAUGCAGGGAGGCAACAAUGAAUGCCUAAAUUUGCUAAAUGAGUACUUAAGGGCCGAACAUGGAGAAAAGAAGAAAAGUCUCUUUGAUCCGAGUGGGUGGAAUUCUUAUAAUAUGAAGGACAUACCACUGCAGAUGAACGCAUGCGACUGUGGCAUGUUCACGCUGCGUUACGCAGAGUACCUUUGCCGUAACGCCACCCUCACAUUCACGCAGGGUGACAUGCCAUACUUCCGCCGACGGACAGUGUAUGAGAUACUCACGAAGCAGAUAUUGUAGUGAAGGCCCAAGGUGGAUAUGAUGAAAUCAUGUACAUAGCCAGGCAGACUGUCCCGAAGAACACUGUAGAACAGGUUUGCUGUUGUUCCUGUAAAUACUGAGUGAAUAUUAGUGUAUUCUCAACACUUAACAAUGCACAGUAUGUGUUGUAAAAAGCUUUUUUGUUGGCAAUAAACGGUAAGAACUACGAG